AAUGGCCAUCCUUCUUUAAGCAGUGGUCUGAGAAGCUCAUCCUUCCUUUCCAGUUGGGAUGAUGUGAUUGAGCUUACAUGUCGUGAUCAAUAGAAGCCUUCUCAAUGUUGAUAGCCUCUACAUAAGAGUGCAACGGAACCUCCUGUGUUCCUGAUGCAAUCAUUUCAGAUUAAGGAACUUGCCCUGAUGGGGCAGAUCCCGUGGGUUUGAAGGAAAGGCAACUCCAGAAGUUGCCUUGGGGUUUGGUUUAUUCAUGUGGUUCCCAAGAACAGCUAGGGAAGUGGAGUCAACCCAGACAGAGCCCCGCAUGUCCAGGCAAGGCUAAGGCCGCGGCUCCACUGGCCGUAGCUGAUCGCGCUACAAAGUGCGGUUAGUAAGUCAGAGAAAUGAAAAGGCAGGAGACAAAUGGAGGUGGCUUCACUAGCAACAGUCUGCAGCGUGGAACAUUUGACGGCGCGCCACAGAAUGUAGUGUCGCGCCCAAAUGGAACCGGUCCUAUUCUACUGCUACAUUUUGCCGCCACUACCUUGGCGCCACUAGCUGUAGACAGCGUUGGUUGCGUCUCAGUCCAGUUCCAACUACCGACCAAGUAGCAAGUGACGCUAGUCUUCUUAGUGAACAGUUUUAAGUGUAGUGAAUUCUCUUGUUUGUGAACAAUGGAGGUUGAACUUGAUUGUGAGGUAAUCAUAUUAGAAGUAGAGAAAUACCCAAUUUUAUAUAGUAAAGGUGAUGAGAAUUACAAGAACAGAAAUGCUAGAAUUGAUGCAUGGGAAAAAGUAGUUGCAGGGGUUGUUGGUGACGAGAAAUUGUUGGAAUUUGAUGAAGACAAAGUGAAUGAAAUAGGUAGAGACAUACAGAAAAAAUGGAAAGCUUUGAGGGAUGCCUACUUAAGAUCUCUGAGGACACAGAUUGUUAAAAGUGGAAGUGGAGCGAGUAAAAGACGACCUUAUCCCUAUCAACAACAGAUGGCGUUCCUCCGACCUGUGAUGGAGAACAGACAAACCUCAGGAAAUAUGGCACCUGAAGAAGUAGGAGAUGUGAAUGCAGAAGAAGUAGAAGACGAUCAACAGCCUGACGACCUUGCACCUCCACCUAUCAAAAAACCUGCAGGUAAACCAAAGAAGGGAAAUUUUGAAACGCAACUGUUAGAAAUUCUGAAAAAACAGUCUACACCUAACCCACCUCCUGGACCUUCUGAUGAUAAUGAUGACAACAAGUUGUUCCUCUUAUCUCUCCUGCCAAAAAUGAGACAACUAAGCGAAAAUGCAUCUCUACAAUUCAGAAUACAAGUCAUGCAAUGUCUGCAAGAAUGUUAUUCAAAAAGCAAAAUGGAGUCGAAUUGCAGCAAUGCUCAACAACUAAACUUAGCAAGGGCUACGUCUUCACAGCAGUUCCACAAUCAGUGCGAUGGGCUGAAGGAUACUUUCUCACCGGGACCAGGUCAAAGCAACGAUUUGCAUAGUCCAGCAAGUUUGCAUAGUCAACCACAAUCUUGGGACGACAAUACCGAUGAAUCUGUUUUGAGCCUUUUUAAAUUGUAACAAAAGCAUGAGAAAUGUACUCACUUUUGUACAGAGUUUAUAAAUUUCUAAAUACAUUAUUUGAAAAAU